GGAGGUCUCGCCGCCGUAGACGGCCGUUUUAAAAACGGAGAUUUUUCAUUUCCCGACUUACCGAUGCCGGCUGAGGAGAAAGAUGAAAAGAAGCAGGUUUCUCUCGGAUUUGCUGCCUGUAAGAGAAGAUGGAUAGGUCUCUUGGACUUUUGUUGCUGCUCAUCGCAACUUUUGCCAUCAUUCAUAUUGUUCAAGCUCAGAGCCAACAAGGGUUCAUCAGUUUGGAUUGCGGGCUACCCGCAAAUGAACCGUCUCCUUAUAAAGAGGAGACAACUGGAUUACAUUUCUCUUCGGAUGCAACAUUCAUCAAGAAUGGAAAACCUGGUAGAAUUCAAGCAAAUCUGGUGAGUAGACUCCUGAAGCCAUACACAACGCUGAGAUAUUUUCCAGAUGGAACACGGAACUGCUACAAUCUUCGCGUAGAGAAGGGAAGAAAUCAUCUGAUCAGGGCUAGGUUUCUGUAUGGAAACUAUGAUGGCCUUGACAAUAACCCCACCUUUGAUCUGUACCUUGGACCUAAUCCAUGGGCCACUAUAGAUUUGCAUAAACGAGUGAACGGUACACGAGAAGAGAUCUUUCACAUCCCAACUUCAAAUACGUUGCAGGUGUGUCUUGUCAAGACUGGGAUGACUACACCGUUGAUCUCAACCUUGGAAAUACGUCCCAUGGGAAAGGAUUCUUAUGAAACUCAGUCUGGUUCUCUGAGUCUUUUCUUCCGGAUAGAUCUUAGCGAAUCAAAGACUAGCCUAAGGUACCCUGACGAUGCCUAUGAUCGCCAAUGGACUGCUUACUUUCAGAAGGACUGGACUCAGAUAUCCACCACUAGCGAUGUUGGAAACACCAACGACUAUGAUCCACCAAAAGCCGCACUUGCAACUGCCGCCACACCUACUAAUGCCAGUGAGCCCUUGACGGUUGAGUGGAGUAACUCAGAAAAACCUGAUGACCUAUAUUACGUGUAUAGACACUUUGCUGAGGUCCAAGACUUGCAGGCUAAUGAAACCAGGGAAUUUCACAUGGAAUGGAAUGGGGAACUUAUGUUUUCUGACCCUGUAAAACCUACAAAGUUAGAGAUACUUACUAUGUUAAGCGUGACUCCAAGAACUUGCGAUGGAGGGGAAUGUAGUUUUCAGCUGAAAAGAACCAACAGAUCAACUCUUCCACCUCUACUUAACGCUCUUGAAGUCUUCACAGUUAUUCAGUUUCCACAGUCUGAAACACAUGGAAACGAUGUGGUUGCUAUUAGAAACAUUGAAGCCACCUAUGGAUUGAGUAGAAUCAACUGGCAAGGCGAUCCAUGUGUCCCUAUAAAGCUUAGGUGGGACGCUUUAAACUGCAGCCACACGGACAUCUCCACACCACCAAGAAUCACUUCUUUAAACUUAUCUUCAAGUGGUUUAACUGGAAACAUAGCAGCUGCCAUUCAAAACCUUACACAACUAGAAAAACUGGACUUGUCGAAUAAUAACUUGACCGGAGAGGUGCCGGAGUUUCUAGGCGACAUGAAAUCAUUAUUGGUCAUAAACUUAAGCGGGAACGAUCUUAAUGGUUCAAUCCCUGAAUCACUACAGAGGAAAGGACUCGAGCUACAUCUUCAAGGAAACCCAAGGCUUUUUCCCUCGGGUUCACCCACACCCACAAAACGACAUGGCAAGAGCGUUCUAGUUCCAGUUGUUGCAUCAGUUGGCUCUGCAGCCAUCCUCAUUGCUGCGCUGGUCCUUUUUCUUGUUCUCAGGAAGAAAAAGCCGUCCACUGUUCAAGUUGUUCAGCCGCCACCGAAUAGGCCAACAGAGAAUGUUCCAUAUGCUAAUUCUCCCGAGCCAUCAAUCGAGAUGAAAAAGAGAAGGUUUACUUAUUCAGAGGUUAUGAAAAUGACGAAUAACUUUGAAAGAGUCGUAGGGGAAGGAGGAUUUGGCGUUGUGUGUCACGGUACUGUCAAUGGUUCUGAACAGGUAGCUGUUAAACUGCUAUCUCAGUCAUCAACUCAAGGAUACAAAGAGUUCAAGGCAGAGGUUGAUCUUCUUCUGAGAGUUCACCAUACGAAUUUGGUUAGUCUUGUCGGUUAUUGCGAUGAAGGAGACCACUUGGCCCUCAUCUACGAGUUUGUACCCAAUGGAGACUUAAGACAACAUCUAUCAGGAAAAGGAGGUAGAUCCGUCGUCAGUUGGGGUAUUCGGCUAAGAAUAGCUGUGGAGGCAGCACUAGGUUUGGAGUACUUACACAUUGGAUGCACACCACCAAUGGUUCAUAGAGAUGUCAAAACUACAAACAUAUUAUUGGACGAGCAUUAUAAGGCCAAACUCGCUGAUUUUGGGCUCUCAAGGUCUUUCCCAAUUGGAGGUGAAUCUCAUGUGUCGACAGUGAUUGCUGGUACUCCUGGCUACCUUGAUCCUGAGUAUUACCAUACAAGCCGGUUGGGUGAGAAAAGUGAUGUGUACAGUUUCGGCAUUGUGUUGUUGGAAAUGAUCACAAACCAAGCCGUGAUUGAUCGAAACCGCAGAAAGUCUCACAUAACACAAUGGGUUGGGUCUGAGCUUAACGGAGGAGAUAUUGCAAAGAUCAUGGAUCCAAACCUUCACGGUGAUUAUGAUUCUCGCUCUGCAUGGAGAGCUCUUGAGCUGGCAAUGUCGUGCGCAGAUCCAACUUCAGCAAAAAGACCAACCAUGUCUCAUGUUGUUAUCGAACUAAAAGAGUGUCUCGUGUCUGAAAACUCGAGGAGAAAUAUGAGUCGAGGCAUGGAUUCACUGAGUUCCCCUGAAGUGAGCAUGAUCUUCGAUAGUGGGAUGAUUCCUAGGGCAAGAUAGUGUGCGCUGCAAGUAAU